AGUCCCAUCCCCUCCAUGGCGAUGGCUCCUUGGCCCAAUCCUGCCUUGGUCUCCUUCUGGCUUCUGUCUCUCUGCUCCAUCACCCUGGCUGGGGUUCACCAUAUCUCCUAUCUCCAGCUCAUCUCCCCUCAGGUGGCCUCUGGUCUGCCCAAGCGACUGCAAGUGAUGAGGGUGAAUGACCUGGUGCUCUCAGUCUAUGACAGCAACACACGCAGGCAAGCUCCCCGCAAUGGGUACAGCCCAGGGAACCAGGAAAGCCAGCAGUUCUGGAAUGCACGCAGGGCUGGGUGCCUGGCCUGGGACUUCUGGGUGGAGACUGAGUACCAGGGCCUGGUGCGGGAGAUGAACGCCAGCGCCCCAAAGGCGGAGCCCUACUACAUGCAGGUCUUGAAGACCUGUGAGCUGGAUGAUGCCACUGGUGCUGUCCGAGCUGUCACCAGAUAUUCCCUCAAUGGGGAGGACAUGCUGCAGCAUCAGACCGACCAGAACCGCUGGUUUUCGGUGCACCCGGCAGCCUGGCGAGUGGCAGAGCGCUGGAACCGUGAAGGGGAGACUUCUGCUGUGCUGAAUCACCUCCCACUGCAGCAGUGCAGGUUCUGGAUGGAGAGGUCUGUGCCAUUCACCACUCAGAAGACAGCCCAGCCCUCAGUGCAUGUGGCCUUCGUCCCAGGGACCCAGGACCGGCAGCAGCGCCUCAUCUGCCAUGUGACGGGGUUCUAUCCCCGUGACAUCGAGGUGACCUGGGAGCGGGGGGGCCAGGUGGCCCUGGGGGAGCAGCUGACCAGCGGGAUCCGGCCAAAUGGGGACCCCACCUUCCAGAUCCAGGUGUCCAUCGAGCUGGGGCAGGAGGGGAUCGACCCCACAGAGCAUGUGUGUGUGGUGAGACACAGCAGCCUGGGGGAUACCCCUCUGAGGGUGACCUUGGAUUCCCAGGCCACAGGCCAGUGUGGUGUCCUGGCAAUUGUUGCUGGCUGCAUCCUCGCUGUGCUGGGAAUCGGGGCCUUGGGCUGGUACCUGAGGAGGAGGCCAGGGGCCCAGAAGGGGCCAUAUCACCCGGCACAGACACAGCCAGAGCCUGUCGACUCUGCUCCAGCCACCACUAAGCCAGCAGGAGGCUCCUCGUCCACAGCACCUUCUCUCACGGAUGCCACCAAGUGACCAGACACAGAGACAGCUGUGUAA